AUGUCACAGAAACGAACCAUUGACGCCUUCUUUGGACCUCCUCCAAAGCGGUCCCGUAGCGAUGUCGCCAAAGGCAUAAGCAUUCCAGAGGAGCAAGAUGAAGUCAUUCUCAAGACCCAUCAUUCAGAAUACCCAUUUCCAAUUGCUCAACUUCCCGCAUCUAUAAGCAGAGAGCUAUCGUCCCUCCCAGCUCGCCCUCCUCGGGCCAUCAAUAAUGAACCAGACCUAGAUCUUCUCUACUUCGAACCUUAUGUGCCGGAUUAUCUGGCGCGCCAACUUUUCCAGUUCUUGCGAGCAGAGCUCCCGUUUUACAAGGUAGAAUGGACCACAGUCUUUGGUCUUGACGAGACGUCGAAAUUUGACAACGAAGGCGUCGUAGUGGACGCAAACACGGGCGUAAAGGUCCCGUCAGAGAGACGCUACGACAAAUACCCUCCUCGACCUAUCCCCAAGUGUCUCGAUGACCUUCGUCAAUCCACCGAGGCGGCUACGGGGUGCAAGUUCAACUUCUGCCUGGUCAACUACUACUCUUCGGGUGCGGAUAGCAUCUCGUUCCACAGCGAUGACGAGAGGUUCCUUGGCCCGGAUCCUGCCAUCGCCUCCUUUUCGUUGGGCGCACGACGAGACUUUCUCUUGAAGCACAAGCCGGUCGCACCAGAUCAGGGCGAGAGGUCAGCUUCUAAAUCGCCUACGCUAAAGUUCCCCUUGAACAGCGGCGACAUGAUACUCAUGAGAGGGAAGACGCAGUCUAACUGGCUCCAUUCCAUACCGAAGCGCACGGGAAAGAAUCAAGAAGACGGAGGCAGAAUCAACAUUACUUUCAGAAGGGCCAUGGUCAAAGGGGGGACAGAAAAUUAUUACAACUAUAAUGUCGGGAGUGGUCCCGUCUAUCGCUGGGACAAAGCGAGCGGUGCCAUGAUGCCGUGGCAGCCCUCAUCAAAAGAUUAA